AUGGUCCCCCGCCAAGUGUUCGUAGCUGAAUUCGAGGACAUUGAAAUCAACUGUACCGUCGUGUCAUAUACGGAGAUAACAGAAGUCAUAUGGCGAAGAGGAGAUGAUACAAUUCUUUCCAACUCGUCCAUCUUGUAUCUGAAAAACACAUCCCGCGGAGACAUGGGAUUAUAUUUCUGCCAAUCAAAAAAUAGGAUAGACGCCGAAAUACAAACGAUGUCAAAAGUCACAAAGCUGCACGUAGAAUACCCGCCAAUCGCUAAAGUACCAGAUAACACCACUGCUGAUGACCAAGAAGACGUCAUACUCCAUUGCAUAGUCGACUCUCAUCCUGAAUCAACGAUCACGUGGUACAGUCCAGAUAAUGAGGUGUUAUCAAAUACGUCUAUGUUGGAAUUGAAAAAUGUUAACCGUUCUUACAUUGGAAAUUACACAUGUAAAGGACAGAAUGUGGUAAAAGGAUCAACUCGUUCGGAUAGAAGCACUACGUAUCUGUUCGUGAACUGUAAGUUGGAAUACUUUUUUGUAGAAUAUGCAUACAUGGUCAUCUCAAUGUCACAUGAACCAGAGAACUCUCUAGGUGUCUAUGACAAUGUUUCCUACAAAAAUCCAGAUCCUCCAGUUGUCGAAGUUCCCAGCAAUAUAACCGUGAACGACCAGGACGACCUGAUAUUGCAGUGUAUUGUCAACUCUUACCCUCCAUCAUCGGUCACGUGGUACAGCCCAGAUACUAAGAAGAUAUCAAAUACGUCUAUGUUGGAACUGAAAAAUGUGAGCCGCACAUACAUCGGAGAAUACACGUGCAGAGCGGAAAAUGAGAUACAAGGCUUAACGUUUACGACUAGCAACAGUACUCUGUUGUUCGUUAACUUCGCACCUGUCGUUGUCGUUUCACACAAUACGACUGCAGUUGAAUUCCAAGACAUCGUAAUUGAUUGCAAAGUGGUAUCGUAUCCCAUGUCAACUGUUACAUGGCAAAACUAUAACAACCAGGAUAUUUCUAAUUCAUCCGGUUUAUUACUGAAAUAUGUCCGACCCAAAGAUGAGGGAAUUUACACAUGCACUGCUGAGAAUGUCAUACAGGGAAAUCACCAUACAAGGAGCGCAUCAACCACCUUGUAUAUCACACAGACUAAACAGCACUGUCGUUGUAAUCGACGAUGUACUUAUUUGAAGAAUAUACUAAAUAUUACUAUGGAGCAAGCUAGAAAUGCCAUGGAACAAAUAAAGAAGGAGCUAACAGUGGAACCAACGACGCUUACGAGUUACAUCAUAAAGAAAAUAUCCAUGAAAAAUUCCAAUACCUCCUCCAUUGGCUUUGGGGUCAUAGCUAUUAUGAUUAUUAUACUCGUUUUUGGGUUUCUGGUUGGAGGCGAUAUCAUUAAACUCGCUAAAUACCUUCAUGAUUGUAGGAGACUUGAAUUAAAGGAAGUAAAAACCGUGAACAAAACGUCGGAAAGCAAAGAGAUUCGAGCUAAAACAAAUAGACAGAGGAAAAAACGGAAACUAAAGAAAUGCAAAGGAGACAAAGAGAAUGAAGGUUUGAAUCCCAAAUAUAGAACAUUGAAAAAACUUUAG